UUAAAAGUGGAAUCCUGACAGAUCCUGUAGCUAUCGCUGUGUGUGUGGAGACCUUCAGUCAGUGUUGUGAAGCCGUCCUAGCUAACGGUGGGCCAACAACAUACACGAACGUGAGCUAAGCGUUAGAACUAGCUAACAUUUAUACUUUUUAGGUGUAAAACGCACCUGGUGGGAUGGUCCGAUGUUGUCAGCAGUCAUGUCGAAGCAACACCAGUCGACUUUCUUGAUACAACAGCAGCAAAUUCUCGACCCUGCUCCCUGUUAUCAAUCUUUUGUGAAACCUUUGCAUGAUUCCCUUCAGAUCAAACGGAAUGAAAUCACAGACGACUAUACCUUGACGAGUCGUAUGCUAGGGAUGGGGAUAAACGGCAGAGUGCUGGAAAUAUUUCACAAAGAGAGCGGGGGAAAGUAUGCACUAAAGACACUAGAAGACUGUCCAGAAGCCAGACAGGAGGUGGAGCUUCAUUGGAGAGUGUCCCUUUGCCCACACAUUGUACCUAUCAUAGAUGUUUACAAGAACCUCUGCCAGGGAAAGAAGUGUCUUCUUAUCAUCAUGGAGUGUAUGGAUGGAGGUGAUUUACUCCGACAUAUCCAAGACAGAGGGGAUCAGGCAUUUACAGAAAAAGAGGCCUCCGACAUCAUGAAAAGUAUUGGAAAAGCUGUUCAUUUCUUGCACUGCAAUAACAUUGCUCACAGGGACAUCAAGCCAGAGAACCUACUUUUCACCUCAAAGAAGCCAGAUGCACUUUUGAAGCUGACUGAUUUUGGGUUUGCCAGAGAAAUUACCAGAAUAAACUCUUUAACAACACCAUGCUUCACCCCAUACUAUGUCGCUCCAGAAGUCCUUGGUGCGGAGAAGUAUGACAGAUCCUGUGACAUGUGGUCUCUGGGUGUCAUUAUGUAUAUCCUACUUUGUGGAUACCCUCCUUUUUUCUCACGCCAUGGUCUGGCAAUAUCUCCAGGAAUGAAGAGACGGAUUUGUACUGGACAGUAUAAGUUCCCAAAUCCAGAGUGGUCUAAAGUUUCUGAGGAAGCUAAACAGCUGAUCUGCCACCUAUUGAAGACUGAGCCCACCCAGAGACUGAGCAUCACAGAGUUCAAAAACCAUUCCUGGAUAAAUGGCUCAGUCAAGAUCCAACAAACUCCUGCUCAGCCCAGCUGUGUGCUGAAUGAGGAACAAGAUGUCUCUGAGCAGGUAUCAAACUAGACAAAACGCUUUCUCACUAAAGGCAAAGAGGGAAAUGAGGAUAUGCAUCCUUGAGAAACUGACUGACUUUUACCCGACCUAAAGCUAGGUCCCUCCCUCUCCACACCUCAUGGAUCCAUCUGUUGGGUGGCAAAGUAACAUUACAUAUACAUGUAGCUGUUGUGUACUGUUUUGCACUUGGUGAUGAAAUAGGCAUAAAGUUUUACUCUUCUCACCAGCAGGCCAAUUAUUCUGACAACAACAGAAGCAUAUCAAGUCUCUCGCAGCCAGUCUGGCCCAGUACUUUUAACUAGAGGAAUUGACUUAUUUCAAAGUAAUUCAGCAGGGAUUAUUAAAGGUCAUUUUCACUGAGCAGUCCAGUUUAGUUUGGUAUGGUAUGCUUAUAUUUGUUCCAUUUUCAGAAUGUGAAAAGGGUCCUAAAUAGCUGACAAGCAGUGUCCAUUUUUUUUGGUACCCUUCUGUAGGGGGUACCAAGCUUACCUAUCCUAAAUUGUGGAGUUACACACGUACAUAAUAGAUACAUGGAACAGGCUAUGUUUAGAUAUCCUGUGGAUUUCAAAAGAAAGUUAUUAUCAGUACAAUAUUUUUAAUCAACAGUAUCAGUGUGCAAUACCAUCCCUCGGAUGACCUGAGAGAUGCAGGGGUUCCUGGUGACUGUCAGUGAUAAGAAGGUGUACAGGGAACUGGACAUGAGAACAAUUCCCAAUGGUGGCAUAGCCAUUUGGCUUACAACGCCUCCCACCAAGUCAGGGUACGGGUGUCUGUGGAAACACAAACUAUUUUGGGGUUUACCAUACCAAGCCGGACUAAACCAUAUUCAGUCAAGCAGUUCCACUCAUGGAAACCCAGCUCUUGAAAUCAACUUACCGGAGGGGCAGCACAGUGCAGACUGGUGAUGAUGCACAGUCUGCAGUGCUCAAGCCUGCAGGGGUCAUAACAGAGGGCACUCAUUUCACACAGUGCCACUUUCAUUUGAAGUUACUAAGAAAUAAAGCUUGGAUGGUAUAAAACACCCUGAUUUGAUUGGUCGAAACUUCACAAUGGAUGGGUGGAUGGAUAUUCUGUAUAAUGAAGCCUAGCCUUAGUUUAUGCAAGACACGGAAGUCAUACGCCCAGACAUGAUCAGCUGAUGGCUAGCUGAUCCUAAUUAUCACCUCUCAGAUCUCCUAUUCAGAUUCAUACUACUAUAGAUUAAUUGCUUUUUAACUAAUUUUGUAGUAUUCAAUAUGCAUUGUCAUAAAUGUUUCUAUCCAUAUGGGGGUUUCUAGCCAUGCCCUCCCUGGAAAGCCAAAACAUGCUGCUGGACUAACCUA